GGCAACAAAAUUCAAUCGGAACUGAGUGCCGAAGAAAGGGUGAUCAACACUGUAGAAUUUCCAAAUGACAGUGGUUUAUCCAAGAACAUUGCAAGUAGUCUGGUCGUAUCCGGCUGGUCCAUUGAACACCAUGCUGCACCAUUCACAAACAUCUAACCCACUGUCAUUCUCUUGGUUGUAGAGAACCAUAGCUCUAAUACACUAACAGGCAUCUGCCCCGAGGCGUGGGAUACACUUCAAAAUCUUUUUGGUCCACAACGCCAAGUUCUUUGGGUGACGACAGGGUGUCAAAUGGAAGUGACAAAUCCAGAUGACGCCCUUGUUCUAGGGGUCAUGAGAACCGUUCGUGCCAAAGAACCGACUGCAAGUUUAGUGACUCUAGAUGUUGCAGGUCUUUCGGAGCAAGCAACUGUAUCAUCUAUUGAUAGAGUUUUGAAGAAUGUGAACCUUUCAGUCCCACCGCAACUUUCAGACACAGAAUACGUAGAGCGACGCGGAGUGCUACACAUCAGCAGAAUUGUCCCUGAUUAUCUCAUCGAUCAAGCCGAAAAGAGUAACACAUAUGACGCAGAAGCGGUCUUGAAGCCUUUGCAUGAGUAGGAGACCUGUGUCAGACUUAUUAACGAUCAGGUCGUCGCAUUAGAUACUUUACACUACCAGAAAGUGUCAAAGGAGGAAAUUCCUUUGCCAGGCGGAUGUGCGGAAGUGGAUAUCUAUGCAGCUUCGCUCAAUUUCAAGGUAUGGAGGAUUCUCCACGUAUUUUGUAUUAGUAUUGACAGACACAAAGGAUCUAGCAAUCGCAAUGGGUCUCUCACAAGCCAAUGAGCAUCUGCCGGGCUUGGAGGGAGGUGGUAUUAUUCGACGUCUUGGUCAGAACACUGACUCAUUGAAAGUUGGCCAGCGGGUAGUGGUCAGUAGAAAAAGCAGUUUCGCAAAUAAUCUUCAAAGCCCCGUCGAGGCAAUCUAUCUAUUGCCAGAUGACAUGCCAUACGAGACAAGUGCCCUAAUUUUGUAAGCCAAGCUAGUAUCAAACAUACUGAAUAACAGGAUGCUUCUACUCUCCUCGGUGUAUAAUUUGCUUGUCUCUACGGGCUCAUUGAUCUAGCCAAUGCCCAAAAAGGCCAGAGUGUUUUGAUUCACUCAGCAGCGGGAUGUGUAGGCAUUGCCGCAAUUCAGCUUUGCAAGUAUCAUGGCACAGAGGUAGGGAGUAAAGGACAGAGCUGCUAUGAUCUAAAAAAAAAAAAAACCCGACGAAUACAGAUAUUUGCCACUGUUGGCACAGAGGAGAAACGAAAUUUUCUAAUCCAAACAUUUGCUCUUGCAUCGGAUCAUAUCUUUACUUCACGAUCUAUAGCAUUUGAAUCAGAUCUCAUGAAAACCACACAUGGAAGGGGUGUAGAUGUAGUGCUGGAUUCCUUAUCUAGCGAUCUCCCAGAUGCAUCAUGGCGCUGCAUUGCAGAUAAUGGAACAUUUUUUGAGAUUGGGAAGAAGGACAUGGCCGACAGAAACAAUCUCUCAAUGGAGCCAUUCUGUCGCAAUGCAUCGUAUCGCCCCAUAGAUAUGUCGCUCGAUAGUGUUCCAUUGUCAACGAUUGCCAGACUACUUUCGCAGACCUUCAGCUUGAUAGAGCAGGGUCAUGUAAAGCCUAUACAGCCUCGCACCAAAUUUUCCUUCAAAGAUAUCGGUGAUGCAUUUCGCUAUAUGCGAAGCGGUAAUCACAUUGAGAAGAUAGUCAUAACUGACGGCGAAGACAGAAAUGUCAAGAUACUUGCAGGUUUUAUCAUGCACCGUCAAGAGACACACACUAAUCUGUAUACUUCCAGAUUCGGCCAUCAAAAAUAUCACUAAAACUGUGUAGCGAUGCUUCUGACUUCAUUGUUGGUGGAUUGAAAGGUAUAUGUGGUAGUUUAGCCAUGUACCUUA